AUGUCCAACUUUCUGCAGUUCGAUAUGGAUUUUUACCAAUCAAACUACGUCGCUGACAAUCAAGAGGAAAACUCUGGGAGGCCCGAAGACUCUGGAGAAAAGGUCCAAACAGGCCCUUGGUUGCAAUCCAAGGCCUAUUCUUCUCAACCGCUUGAAGGUCAGAUCUUUCAACCCGCAGAUGCUUCUCCGUUUCCAUCCAACCAGACUUAUUCCGAUAGUUUUGAUGAAGAGCCUCCGUUGCUUGAAGAGCUGGGAAUCAACUUUCACCACAUUUGGCAAAAAACAUUAACCGUGCUGAAUCCCGUGAAGCCGGCUGAAGCCAGCAUUAUGAAUGAGACUGACCUGGCUGGGCCUCUGGUUUUCUGCUUGGCUCUGGGGUCAACAUGGCUCUUGGCAGGAAAAGUCCAUUUUAGCUACGUUCAUGGCAUAAGUGUGGUCGGCUGCCUAGCGAUCCAUGCGUUGUUGAACCUGAUGAGCGUUGUAGGGGUUUCCCGCGGAUGCGUCGCGAGUGUGCUGGGCUACAGUCUGUUGCCCAUGGUGAUCUUGUCCACCUGCGCCGUCUUUUUCUCCUUGCAAGGGGUCUUUGGGACUUUGGUGGCCCUGAUCAUAAUUGGAUGGUGCAGCCUCUCAGCCUCCAAAAUCUUUGCUUCCACCUUGGCUAUGGAAGGGCAGCAAGUGUUGGUGGCUUAUCCCUGCGGCUUAUUCUACGGCCUUCUAGCGCUCAUCACCAUUUUCUGA